UCGUCAAACCUAAAUAAUGUUAAAAUUUACACGAUCUCCGGCUCUGGUUCCCGUGCAAUGCCCGACUGGUUAGAGAGAAAAAAGAAAAAAUUUUUAAAGCAUGAUCCAGAUUGGCGUUCAAGAGUCGAACUGAUUCAAGAUUUUGAGUUCCCAGAGGCUUCUAUUCGAGCUAGAACCACUAGGGACGGACGUUUUGUAAUGGCUACAGGUGUUUAUAAACCUCAAAUUCGGGUGUUCGAGUAUGCCGAAAUGGCGAUGAAAUUUGAUCGUCAUACAGACUCGGAGAACAUUAACUUUGUGAUAUUAUCUGACGAUUGGACCAAAUCAGUAUUAUUACAAAAUGACAGAACGAUUGAAUUCCACACACAAGGCGGUAUAUAUUAUAAAACAAGAAUACCAAAGUUUGGCAGAGACUUGGCUUAUCAUUAUCCUACAUGCGAUCUUCUAAUUACUGCUGCAUCAUAUGAAGUAUAUCGAUUAAACUUAAAUCAAGGCCGAUUUUUAAACCCUAUUUCUACUGAUGCCACAUCUGGAGUCAAUGUUUGUGUAAUAAAUCCAGCUCAUCAACUUUUUGGAUUUGGAACACAAGACGGCGUUGUAGAAUUUUGGGAUCCUAGAUCACGAUCUCGUGUUGGAUUGUUAGCACCUUCUUUUCCAGUAGAAGAAUCUAACGAGCAGGGAUUUCAAGUUACCGCAAUGUCAUACAGAAAUGAUGGACUUUCUUUGGCAGUAGGAACUUCAACGGGUCACAUAUUGUUAUAUGAUCUAAGAAAUUCCUCACCAUGGUUAGUCAAAGAUCAUCAAUAUGGUUACCCGAUAAAAAGUAUAAAUUGGUAUGAUAAUGCUACAGGUGACGGUGGCCGAGGAAAAGUAAUUAGUGCAGAUUGCAAAAUUAUGAAAAUAUGGGAUCGGGAAAAUGGUGCACAUUUUACCUCGAUGGAGCCUAACACUGAUAUCAACGAUCUGUGUGUUGUGCCCGAUUCAGGAUUAAUUUUUAUGGCUAACGAGGGUAUACAAAUUGGCGCAUAUUAUAUACCUUCAUUAGGCCCUGCACCAAGGUGGUGCUCAUUUUUGGACAACUUAACAGAAGAAAUGGAAGAAAAUCCGCAACCAAAUAUUUAUGAUGAUUAUAAAUUUGUUACGAGAAAAGAAUUGUCAAGCCUCGGUAUGGAUCAUUUGAUCGGAACCAACGUCAUGAAACCGUACAUGCAUGGAUUUUUCGUUGAUUUGCGAUUAUAUGAACAAGCAAAACUUAUAUCAAAUCCAUUCGCUUAUGCGGAAUAUCGAGAAAAAGUUAUUAAAGAUAAAUUAGAAGCGAAGCGCGAGUCACGUAUACGUGCUACUAAACAAUUGCCUAAAGUUAACAAGGAUUUAGCAAAUCGACUGUUACGUUCAUCUGAGAAAAAGAAGAAAGGAGCCCAGGAAGCGACAAACCUUCUCCAAGACAAAAAAUUUAUCGAACUAUUCACCAACCCAGAAUAUGAAGUUGACAAGAACACUACGGAAUAUCAAUUGUCUCACCCUACCGGUUUCACUGCUAGCACAAUUAAAUCUCCAAGAAAAGCGUCGCCAAAAAACGGUUGGGGACUUGAUUGCGCAAUAGGAGAACAGCUAGGAAGAACGUUUUCAGUGGGCUUUGAUGCUAGACCAGAUUUUACGGUUUUAAAUGCCUCCACACAAAUGGCGCCCACGAAACUUCAAGACACUGAAUUAGAACGUCACGUAGAUGGCAAAAAUAAUUCAGGGAUUGCAAACGUGCCAGGACUUAACAUUGCAGCAGCGAAGACUACAGUCGCUGUUACGAGUUCACUCCCCAAAAUCGACGAUCAUGUAAGUAACUCGACUGUUGAAAAUAGAUGUGACAGCUUUUCAG